GUUGAUUGUUUCUGUAUUUAGUGAUUCUGCAGUAAAUUUAUUAUUGAAUUUUAUUAACGUUAUAACUUACAAAUUGCCGACUCUCGACUUCUACCAGCGAAAAAUUAAUUGCAUUGAAACUAUCUUCAGAAGGGCUACAUUGAAAAAUACAAAAUCAUGAACGGUUAUAUUAACGGAGGCAAUGCACAACACCACGGAAGUCAUGGUGACACAUUCCUUUUCACUUCUGAAUCUGUUGGCGAAGGACAUCCAGAUAAAAUCUGUGAUCAAAUCAGUGAUGCAGUUUUGGAUGCUCAUUUGAAACAAGAUCCAGAUGCAAAAGUUGCAUGUGAAACAUUUGCAAAGACUGGAAUGAUUCUCGUUGGAGGAGAGAUCACUUCAACUGCAUCAGUUGAUUACCAAAAAGUUAUUCGUGAAGCUGUAAAGAAGAUUGGAUAUGAUGACUCAGCAAAAGGAUUUGACUAUAAAACUUGCAAUGUAUUGAUUGCACUCGAGCAACAGAGUCCAGAUAUAGCUGGUGCAGUUCAUGUUGGUAAAGAAGAUGAAGACAUUGCAGCAGGAGAUCAAGGCUUGAUGUUUGGUUACGCAACGGAUGAAACAGAAGAAUGCAUGCCAUUGACUGUCAUUCUUGCACAUAGACUAAAUGAAAAAAUGGCCGAAUUGAGACGUGAUGGUACUCUAGGCUGGCUCAGACCAGAUUCGAAGACCCAAGUUACCAUUGAACAUAGACUCGAUGAUGGAGCCGUCAUUCCACUCCGUGUUCACACAAUUGUUAUUUCUGCUCAGCAUAGCCCUGAUAUAGGAAUCAAUGAAUUAAGGAAGGAGCUCAUGGAUAAGGUUGUGAAAGAAGUUGUCCCAGAAAAAUAUUUGGAUAAGAAUACUGUUUACCAUAUUCAACCAUCUGGAAAAUUUACCAUCGGUGGACCACAGAGUGAUGCUGGACUCACUGGACGAAAAAUCAUAGUUGAUACUUAUGGAGGUUGGGGAGCUCAUGGUGGAGGAGCAUUUUCCGGCAAAGACUUCUCAAAAGUUGAUAGAUCCGCUGCCUACGCUGCGAGAUGGGUUGCAAAAUCUCUUGUAACUGCUGGACUUUGUCGUCGAGUUUUAGUGCAGGUUUCCUAUGCAAUUGGAAUUGCUCAUCCUUUAUCUAUUUUUGUGAGUUCUUAUGGUACAUCUCAUCUUCAUGACAGCGAUCUACUGACUGUAGUGAACGACAAUUUUGAUCUGAGGCCUGGAGUUAUUGUAAAGGACCUUAAUCUGAAGGCACCGAUUUAUCACAGGACUGCACAUUACGGUCAUUUUGGAAGAUCUGAAUUCACUUGGGAACAUCCGAAGAAACUCAAGUUAUCACCUGAUAUUCAACAAAAAUUAAUAAAACUAAAGGAUGAACCUUAUGAAAAAAGAAUCAAAUAUUCAUCUCAUUGAACGAUAUGAUAUUGCUAUUAGUGAAGUUGUUGGACUAUUUUAUUGCGUUAAAAAUAUGGGACGUAAAUAAGACUUCGCAAUCCAUGUUUGAUCUAUCGUUGUAUGAUCCCAUUCCUCGUAGUUUAAUUUGGUCAUUGUUUUGUAAGGGCUCCUAUAAAUUUAUGCAUCAGUAUUUAGGGUAAUUAACAAAUACCAAAUUAUCCAAUUUGAAAUCUGACUGGGCAUUGGCAUGAUUACAGAUCGAAUUGCCGAAGUGUCUUAAAAAUAAAUUCUCAGCGAGAGAACAUAUAUAUACUCAUUGAUUGGUAUAUUAUAUUAACCCCUAAUCUUUAAGUCCGCAAGCACAUAAAAUUUCACAUACUUCUAAAUCAGGUAUAUGUAUAUGAAAUUCCAUACAUUCUGACACAAAUUUGAUUGUUUCUUGCCAUGAUGUCCAGGUUUUGUUCUUUUUCAUAUACAUUCACUAAUACACAAUGACAUGUUUUCUCAAUUAACAAUGAUUUUCCAAUAAUUGAUCAGUUUAAAGCAUUCGAAAUGUUAUUAAUGGCUUUCUUUUCAAAUCGGUUUGGUAAUAUCACAAUAAAUACAGACUGUUUUGAUGAUAACUGAAAAUAUCAGAUACUAAGAAAGACAUCAGUACUCAAAGUACUCAGUACUUACCAUGAGGGCUUCAGAGUAGAAGAUAGCAGACAAGCCUGUUCUUAAAACUCAAAGUAAAACCAUAAAAUUUUUUUGUUUUAUAUCUGGCCCCAUAGGGCUCCAAGGAAAUAGAAAUAAAAUUAAAGUGAUGCCUAAUGGUUUCAAGUACUAAAAUUUGAAAUCAGUUGGACAAUUAGUCGCGGAGAAGCCAUUAUUUCCAACGCAAUAAGAAUUUUGCAAAACGAUCCAUAUGUACUUUGUGUCCAAUAAUCAAGUUCUAAGUAUAUAAUAUUAAUUGGAUUAAUUUGUAUCUGACACAAAGUUACAAUUGCUUAUUCACAGCCAACACUUAAUUUUAAUUCCUCCUUCAAUUAAAAAUGCAUUGGAUGUUAUUCUGACUUUCUCUAAACAUUAUAUUCAGCCAGUAUACUUCAUUUUUUUCAUGCUAUUGACAUAGGUCAUGAGUUUUAUUAGAGAGCCUCCCCUCAAUUCUAUGGAUUGAACUUCGAAUGCAUCUUCACAAUAAAUCGUAAUCUUUUGCGACCUUUCUGAUGAAUUCAAUUCGUUUAAUGAUUAUUUGUUUGUUAAUAAUGAAUUUUGCAAUGUAGUUAGUGGAUUGUGGUAAUUGUAUUUGUUUUUAUGUUUUAAGCUGUUGUGUUAAUGUCCUUCAAAUUGUUUUGUUCUUGAUUGCAUAUAUUGUAGUGCCAGCAAUACUCCAAAAUUAAAAUACCGUACCUAGAUAAUUCUGAAAUAAUCAUAAUUUUUAAUUAGAUAACUUUGGCUCCUUGAUGUGGUGAAGUGUUUUUCUCUCUCUUUCGCAGUUAUGUUGCACAUACAUUUAAAACAUCUUUACGGUGUAAGACAUUGGCUAUAUCGUCACAGUUGAGCCAAAAUAAUUUGUCACAUCCCUAGCUUCAGGGGGAAAUCACAUAUUUGUAAAUUUUAGAUCUGUACAGACAAACCUAAAAUGGUCGUGAUGCACAACUGAAAAUCAAAACUAAUACAUGUCUGCUUUAAAAUUCGGACCAAGAUAGGGCCCCAUGUCCAUAAUUACAAAAAAUCAAAGUGAAUUUCUGAAAUAUGUGACAUGAGCUACUUUGGUUUAACUGUGACGCCAUAGGUUGACGUGUCCUUUUUAUUUUAUUUUUAACGUGAUUUAAUUCUUUUUUGUGCCUCUUGUUCUGCUGAUAUGGGAACGAAUAACUACCUGUCCAUGUCUUAUUUAAUCCUUUUUGGUUGAAUUUGAGUUUGUACUUUUUGCCAGUUUGGAAAUAAACUUGAAUGUUCACAACCCAAUGACGU